AAGGGGGCAGCCUUGGUUGUGGCAAAGGGCAAUCCAGAGAGCAACAAAGAAACCUCAAGACUUCUUCCGGUAUGGACAGCCUAAGCCAUGAUCAAGUAAUUGGGUUUCCUGUAAUCCAAGACCACCUAAUGCAUGCUUCUGAUUCUGAGCCAGCUGACCAGUUCCUCAAUUCCAAUUCUUCCCACUCCAAACAAAAAAAGGAUUCAAUCGUUGACUGGAUAAGCAAGGCUGGAGAAAAAGCACAAGGCCUGAGAGGGCAUGUGACCUUGGGCCCUAAGAUCUCUGAAACCAUGAAGGGCAAGUUGAGCAUGGGAACAAGGAUUCUCCAAGCCGGCGGCCUCGAGAGUGACUUCCGACAGGCUUUUGCCGUGGGCGAAGGCGAGAAGCUACUGAAAGCCUUCCAGUGCUAUUUAUCCACCACCGCAGGUCCUAUCGCAGGGAUGCUCUUCAUCUCCGAUGAGAAGAUUGCAUUCCGCAGCGACCAGUCGCUCAAGCUAACUUCUCCUAAAGGAGACCUGGUGAAGGUGCCAUACAAGGUUUUGAUUCCAUUGAUAAAUAUAAAGGUAGCACAACCAAGCGAGGACGCAAGGAAGCCAAGGCACAAGUAUGUUCAGAUUGUCACAGAGGAUGAGUUUGAGUUUUGGUUCAUGGGCUUUGUGAGCUGCGAGAGAGCCUUCAGGUACUUGCAGCAGGCAAUCUCAGCACAACAAUAAUAAUUCAAGCAGAUGGCGUGAGAGGAAGUGAUUAAUUAAUUACAGUUUCUCGGUGUGCCAAGUAGUGAAAUUGCUUGAUGUCUUCAUCAAUUGGGGAGCAGAGUUUUGUGUAUGUAAAAGAAUAGCCAUUUGUUAUUGUCUCUUUGUUUCUAUGAUAAGAGUUAGGAAACAAGUAGAAACCAGCUUGGAGUUGUAUAAUAGAAUUGUAUACGAUUGUAGAUGUUGAUUGUGAAUUAAGCUUUUGUUUAUGAAAUCAAACAAUUAUUAAUAGAGUUGCAAAUUCAUUA